ACCAUGCUCAGCGCCUUGGAGCGCGCGCACAUCGCGCGCGUCUGGGACCUCAUAGCCGGCCAUGAGGCGGUCUUGGGUGCAGAGCUGCUGCUCAGGCUCUUCACCGUGUACCCGAGCACCAAGACCUAUUUUCCGCACCUGGGCAGCAACGCGGACGAGGCGCUGCUGCUGAGCCACGGGCAGAACAUGCUCCGGGCCGUGGGGGUGGCCGUGCAGUACCUGGACAAUCUGCGCGCCGUCCUGAGCCCCCUAGCAGACCUGCACGCCCAGGUGCUCCGCGUGGACCCCGCCAACUUCCCGCUGCUGAUCCAGUGUUUCCAGGUGACACUGGCCUCCCACCUGCAGGACGAGUUCACCGUGGAAAUGCACGCGGCCUGGGACAAGUUUCUGACCGCCCUGGCCGUGGUGCUGACCGAGAAAUACCGCUGA